UUCUUUCACACUAAUAAAACAUAACAUAGACCGAAUAACUCUGAACGAGUAUAAGUUUCGGAAGUCAAUAUGGUCGACGAACUGACUGUCAUUUAUUGUUUUGGUAGCCAUUAGCUAAUUUUCAACGGAGCUCAAAAAACUGUUUUUAUACUGGUAAAUAUCCAGUAUCGAACCAUAAAGUCUUUACCAAAUAAUUGUCGGAUUGUUAGUCGUUGCCGUUACAUCGAAAUAGUUUGAAGAAGACCCAGUCUCAGUGCAAAAAAGUAAAUGGCUGAUGCUGAACUCGAAGCCAGCGAAGUUCUGCAUUCUUUAUUAUCGGUUGAACGCGUAGAAAACAAGUCAUUAACCACCAAUGUACCUGCAGAAACGGAUAUUGACGAUUCGAAUAUAUUGUGGCAUACACCCGUUCAGGGAAUGCAAUCAACAUUUAUACAUGGAGAUAAAAUAGUCUUGCAAUCGGAUCUAGCAACCAGUUACAACCAAGACCAAGACAAGCAACUAGAACUGAUUGAUGUUGAGUCGACGGAUAUGUUAGACACUGACGACGAAUUCAUUCGCGUACCGAAACUCGAUUCCAAUGAGAGUAAUAGAGACGGUCAAAUAGUCGACAAUGACGAUCUGUCUGACGAAGAAAUCGAGAACUCAGUGGAACAAGUAAAAAGUCGAUUCGAGUAUGGCUGCGAAUGUUCCGAAAGCUGUUUCAAACAUCUCGAUCCAGACAGUGUAUUUAAACAUCGCCUUAAUGUAGCUGAACUUACGAAAGAAGAACACGAUAUGUACCUGAUGGGACUGACCAUGGCAUGUUUGGCGAAUCGCAAGCAGACAUAUCGAAAUAAGGAACGUCAGCGGCAACGAGCGUCAUAUGUAUAUCAGGGCAGACGAGUUUGUUUAGAUUCUUUCUUGUACCUGGAAAAUGUGACUCAGUAUCAUCUGAAAAGGAUCCGAAAUCAUGUCAUGACACACGGAGUCACGCCGAGAGUGCAUGGAAAUAUGGGUAAAAAGCCGCACAACACAUUUUCAUUGGACAUGUACAAAAAUGCUGAACAUUUUGUGAAAGAGUUCCUCAAAGCGUACUCUAGCGACACAACCAAACCAAUCACAUUAAUCGGAGAGACAAAGUCUAGUAUCUACACGAAAUUCAAAGAGAAUGGCGUACAUCCGGAUGGCAAAAUCAUGGGAUUCACAACGUUCCGCCACUUUAUGCAGAAACAAUUUCCGAAUGUUCGUUUUGCACAAAAAAUUGAGCACACUACACCAGCGAAGGGUUCAAUAGUCAGAGAAAUAAUAUCCAGCACCAAAAAAUUUAAGCGCAACGGGUGAAGUCUGUUCGCUUAUUAUACUGAUGAAGUAAAUUAAUGGGCUGUAAUUUAGUGGUAGCCAUAUCUACAGUAAUAAAGUAAAUCUCAAUGAAA